AUGAAACGACCAGAUUUUGAGAACGCUGGGUAUAAUGUGUUGCGAGUUUUUUGGAAUGUCAUAUCUUUUGGCCUCUUCCUCUCGCCAUGGACAUUUUACAUAAUCGUAAAGAACAAGUCAGUAGAGGAAUUUAAGGUUGAUCCUUACCUUGCUACCGUGUUGAAUUGCAUCUUCUGGGUUUUGUAUGGCUUGCCCUUUGUCCGUCCCGACAGCAUCCUUGUCGCCACCAUCAACAGCGUUGGGCUUGUGCUAGAGCUCAUUUACACAUUUUUUCAUGACCACAAGAGAAGAAUCCUUGCCUUUGGAAUUGUAACAUCCCGGGUCUCCACUGGCCAUGAGUUCGACGAUACGGGUAUCGUUCGUCGUUUGGUCGUAGACGAUAAGUGGAGACCCGGGAUGUUACAGGAUGUGUUCAACAUCAUAAUGUAUAGCUCACCUCUUACUGUCAUGAAAAAAGUGAUCACCACAAAGAGUGUGGAGUACAUGCCCUUCUAUCUUUCGCUAGCCAACUUUCUUAAUGGCUGCAUGUGGACUGCGUAUGCCCUCAUCAAGCUCGACAUUUUUGUUCUGGUUAGCAAUGGUCUUGGAGCGUUAUCUGGUGCGGUGCAGCUCACACUCUACGGUUGGUACUUUAGGUCCACACCGAGAGAUGAGAAGGUUGUCGAAUUGAAGGCUUCUCAAAUCCAGCUCUCCAUUUCUGAUGGACCGGACAGAGUGUAA